CACGCCGGCUCCUCCAUCGCGAAGAACUACGGAGUUAUCACCUUCAGUUGCAGUGAUGGCCACGGCGUCAUAGAAGCUGAACAGAUACCAGCAUGGCGUUCAGACAACUGUGGAUAAUUCUGUUUGUUGUUGGGUCGCUGUCCGCGGCUCCCUGGGAUGGGCGUCCUGGCCAACCCACUUCCUCCCCCGCCCAUUUCCUCUUGCACGCCCUCGUGCCUGAACACAACCAGGUCAGGGACCUGACCUGCCUGGAGUGCCGCACCGCCGCGGGCGUCAUCGCAGCCAUGAUGGCCGAGGGCGCCACUGUGGAGGAGAUCGAGGAUCAGGUCAUCCUCGACUGCGUCCUCCUCGACCUCUUCCCGCCGGACGUGUGCUCGGGAAUGGUCAGGCUGAGUGGAGCGGAGGUCCUGCACGUGCUGAACGCCACCAAGUACGACCACGAGACGGUGUGCGGAUGGCUGCUGGGCGGCCACUGCCAGCACACGCAGCUGGACCCCUGGACCCUGGCCGUCCCCGGGGGGAAGCCGGCGCCCUCCCACCCCGAGCCCGCGCAGCCCACAGAAGGCGUUGUGCGGAUCCUGCAGCUCUCGGACCUCCACGUUGACCUGCUCUACGACGAGGGAAGCGCCGCCCACUGCGAGCACCCGAACUGCUGCCGCCACGCCUUCGGGGACCCUGCGCCGGGGGAACUCGCGGCUGGCCACUGGGGCGCGCUGGCCAACUGCGACAUUCCGCUGCACACACUGGAUGACCUCUUGGCACAUGCGGCACUCACUAACCCUGAUCUUGUCUAUGUGACGGGCGACCUCCCCCCCCACGACGUGUGGGCGCAGAGCCACGCCUCCAACCUGCUCGCCAUCAACACCACCGUGCAGCUCAUCGCCAAGCACUUCCCUGACGUGCCCGUCUUGCAUGCCCUGGGGAACCACGCCUCGGCGCCUGUCAACAGCUUCGUAGUUCCCACUGCUUAUGCUGAUGGCUGGAGCAUGACUUGGCUUUACGACAGUUUGGCCGCGAUGUGGGCACCGUGGCUCCCCGAGGAGGCGCUGCCGGAUGUACGGAAAGGUGGAUAUUUUUCUUGUUCUCCGAAGCCAGGCUUGAGGGUCAUAUCCGCCAACAUGAACUACUGCAACACUCUCAAUUGGUUAGUGUUUCACCCAUUGGGUAUGUGGUAAAGAGAGUGCAUAUUCAUUUCCAUAUACACAUAAUUUACCAUUCUA